UAGAGGAGAAAUGUUCUAGCAGACGACAAAAGGGCCAUUCCACGAGUGAAUGAGUGAUUGUCGCUGAUGUCCUUAGUCUCCUUACUAGUAGUAGCGAUUAUAGUUUGUGAUUAAGAAAAAGAAAGGUGAAUCGGCAUGUCGGAAGUUUUUUUUAUCUAGUGGCAUGUCGGAAGGUUUUUCUAUCUAAAAAUUCCUCUUGCAACACUACAGUUAAACCUUAUUUCCGACGAAGUGUUAUAACGAAAAUAAUUGACAUCCAUUAUGGAUAGCAAUGCCUGCAGUAAUUUCACUGUUCAAACUUUGUCCAAACGAGACGGUAAAGAUCAAGAUCCGGAUUACAACGAGGCUGCUGCUCCAGAUAGGAAACGAUUAAAGCAUUUGGAAGAAAAUGCAAAAACACAAUUAGGAGAACGUGUGAAACAUAUAUUGACAAAUCAUUUUGAAUCAGAAGGGAGCAGACAACAUGCUGAAAUUGUAGAAAUUGACAAAUCUAUUUCUAGAGUGCAACAAAAGUUGCAAAUAUUAAGGUACAUUGCCAAUCGGUCAUUUUUCUCCCCAAAAACUUUGCAAAUUAGUGGCACAUCUUUGACAUCUCAGAGUACUAUUCACCCAACCUUGAAAAAUAUGCUUGGUAAAAGACCAACCAAAACAUUGUUUGAAUGUUCAAAUAUUCCUCCAUCAGUUGAACCAGCUGAAGAACUAACAAGAACUCAGGGGAAUCUUCCCACUAGUGAAAGCAUUAAAGUUCCCAGAUACAUUCCUCCAAAACUUCCUGAAAGAAUUGUUGCAACUCCAGUUCGUGGGGAGCUUCACUGUAUGAAGAAAAAACUCAUCAUAGGAAAUAUAUCCAGAUGGAUUCCCGUUUCUGAAAGAGACGACACGGCAAGCCAUAAAUGGAUGGUUUAUGUCCGAGGUCCUAAGGAAGAACCAAAUGUAUCAUCUUUUAUAAGCCAAGUCAUUUUUUUCCUUCAUCCUAGUUAUGCACCGCAUGAUACGAUACAUGUACUGUCACAUCCGUUUCAUGUAACGCGACGUGGAUGGGGUGAAUUCCCUCUGCGUAUACAAGUGCAUUUCCAGAAUCCGCUUUGCAAGCCAGUAAAUAUUAUUCACAAUCUCAAACUUGAUCGGAGUUACACUGGACUACAAACAUUAGGAGCCGAAACAAUUGUGGAUGUAAUGAUUUUUGAUUCGAAAAUUGAUCGUUCGUCUUUCUCAGCCAUAGUUGAAGAUACCUCUAACGACGACAAAAAAAUAGAAAAGUCCGCAUCGAAAUCGGAAACCCUUGAAAACGAAGAAUGGGUUAAUGUCCGGACAUACGAUCCAAACAAGCCCUUCGGUAGUCCUCCUCAGUAUUCAGAUGCGGCUAAUGCCGACACGCCCCGAUAUAGUCAGCCAUCUGAAAUCAGUACCCGUAGCACCGAAUGUGACAACAAAGAAAUUGGCUGCCCGUUAGUGAAGAGCAAUGGUUUUUUGAAAGUUGACGCAUUAACCGACAUGCCGAACAAACCUCCACAAAAGGAAAUAGCUCAAGCAUGGGAUUACAACAUUGUUGAUCGAGAGCACGAUUACUUUAUAACUGGAAAUGAAACACGUAGAGAAAAUGAAACCACAACAAUUGACAGUAGUUCAUUGGUGUUACCAAAGCCGGAAAGAAACGCUGAGGAAUUCAGCAAACAAUUUCCUAGUUUAGCAUCAACUUCUUGUUUAGCAACGCAAACGGACAAAUUUUCAGUAUCACUUGAUGCUGCGGUUAAACCUGUUUUGGUUCGUUGUUUAAACAAAAAUGGAAAAACUUUCAAACUCCCAUUGGCCCUACUUCGAAAUGCUUUUGUUUUACAACCGUAUCGUCUCGCUAAAGCUGGGGAGUCUUUACUGCGAUCUUCCAAUUCCUCAAUAACUACCGACUUGCCUGCUGAUAUUGUUCAACCAGUCCUUGGAAAAGUUGUCUCUGCGACACCAAGAUCUCAAAUAAUCACAAAAUUUGAUCCAAGUCGGAGAGACAGAAUUGGCCUCGAAGCGAAAUUCAACAAUGAAAGAAAGAGUUGUGAUGCGUUUUUUGACCAAAUUUGCACGUCAACGUGGAGCAGCGUUAGAGAUUGUCUUCGUGUCUUGGCUCGAAAUCUUAGCUUGAUCAGUCCUAAGGCUGAAGAUCCUGUUUAUCGUUCUCUGCACCCUUAUACAUCGCCAUCAUUAGAAAUCUUCGUUUCUUGGAAUGUCGGGAAACGAAGAAGUGCUGAAUGGACGCGGGCCAAACUUAUACGUCGAACACUAUUAAAAUGCAGCUUUGCAAGUGGUGAAAAUACUUGGACCACGAAGGUCAUAAUGAACUGGUGCAGAAGACAAGGGUAUUCUCCCAUGUGUUGCUGGUCACAGACUUCAAGCAAUUCCACCAAAUGCCAAUCUCUUGUCUACCCAGCAUUGUCACCCCAUGAGGUCGUCACUCUCACCAAGACUCAAUUCGACAAUUCACAAUUGUCGUCCGAAGAUGAAGUAACUGUCGAAGUAGAAUCUUUGAUAGAGCUUGAUGAUGCUUCUUCCUCUACAACGCAGUUCCCCAAAGCUUCGUUUUCGUUAAAUGAUCCUGAUCCGCGUUUGACAUCAUGGAUUGUAGAUUCCAUUGAAAAACAUGGAUUUAAACUGGGAUCCGAUUUGUGCGAAGAUUUUCUCAUUCCGUUGUCGCGUGUGCUAUUGUCUCAUAUUUGGAGAGGAAUGGCCGAAGAUUUACUACGACGAUCUCUAAGUCAAUCUUGGCAACGAACUAGGGGUGCCGUACCAGAUGAGAUAUCAUUGAUUGAUACCUAUACCGCAAUCAGUCACCGUCCGCAAUUUGAUAUCCUAACUAACGUUGGUUUGGCGACGGUGGACUCCAACGAUCAUGAGCCAAACCUGGUGACGUAGUUUCAACUGUGCACAUUUGCUCCUUUACUCAAUGUGAAAAUAAAGCAAAGAAAAUUAAAUUUUCUACUCAA